AUGGUCCUCCUGGAUCACGAUCCGGAUGAUGCUCUCCUGGCCCACUUCCUGGAGGGCUCUCUGCAAGGCUUUCGAAGCCUCCCGAAGGCAGAGGUGAAGCUCCUGGUGGCGGAGGGCCUUGGAGGUCUUCUUCCUGGUGUUCGGCGCCAGACGGCUCAGCAUGCGCUCAGCUUUCUGCAAGGCCACUCGCAGCACCAUGGCCAUGCUGUGGCGCAGCACCGUGGCCACCGCCGCCUGCACAGCCCCUCCCUUUAUGGCCACCAGGGUGGUGCACACCGCAGGCAUUACCGAAAUCCACACCGAGCUGCCCACCGCAGUCACAGCCUGCAGGGCUCACGGCGCCAUGGCCACCCGCAGAGCCACGGCCGGCGCCCCUCCCCGGACCGGCACCGACAUAGGCCCCACAGCCGGCGGCGUGCUGUGUCAGAGGGCCGUCGCCCUCGCGGCCACAUGUCGCCCAGGCGGCGCUGGAGGCCAGAGCCCAUGGAAGCUGGCUUCGUGGCCGCGCGGGGGCGCCGCAGCAUGGAGGCGCCGGAUCAUGCGCGCUCCAAGUACGGCGACGCAUCCACGAGCUUCGAGGGCGCCAACGGGGCGCCUGGUGCCGACAACGGGAAUGCUGCGAAGCUUCAGAGGAAGGCUCAGCUGGAACUGAAGAUCAAGGAGCUUGAUCGCCAGAUCGAGGAGCAGCGGUCACAGGAGAGGGCCCUUGCCGAGCAGGAGGAGCAGCACCGGAAGGAUAUGGGGAACACUGCCAUCCUCACCCCGACGCAGGAGAAAGCGGCGCUCCAGAGCCGUGAGGUCGGCAUGCAGCAGGAUGCCGUCUCCGACAAGACCGAGCAGCUCGUGAAGGAAAAGCUGGAGCUUCUCAAGGAGUUGGAGAAGAUCCAGAUCGAGGAGGGGAAAGGCAAGCCCGAGGAGGAAAUCACCCCCGGCGAGACGGUUACGCGCGAGAUCGUGGGUCCGGCUGGGGAGAAAGAGAUCGAGGUGGUGAAGGAAGAGGAAGGCGGCAAAGAAGAGGUGGAGGAGGUCAAGGAGGAGACGCCCGAGGAAGCGAAGCAGAUGAAAGAGAAUGGAGGGCAGAUCGUGUCCCCGCCGCCCGCCCCACCACCAGAGGUCCAGGAGGCUGAGGCUGAGAUGGGUGGGGAUGGUGGUUACUAUGGGCCCGGUGGCCCCAUGGGAGCACCGGAGCCGGUUAAGUGCCCGCCCUGUCCGCCGCUCCCCAAAGCAAGGGAGCGGAUGUUGAUGGUCUCAGCGGAGGACGAGCCACCGGGCAAAGCUCCCAAAGUGGAGGUCGAUGUGACGGAGUCCGCGGAGGUGCCUCAGCAGACGUUUCUCUUCGCACCACCCGCGGCGUCGGUGAAGAACGUGAGGCUUGGUCAGGUGGAUGAGGCGACCAGGCAGCAUGCACUUUUUGGUUCCAGCUUGACCAGGUCCUUUGUGCCAGGCGAUUGUUGCAGGUAUCGUCAGCUGGACCGUGCGUUUGCCAGCACCUUUUGUCUGUCUCGCCUUCCUGUUGCUUCGUCGCUGUUGGAUAUGCCGCCGACACGUAUCGAGAUGGGAGUGCCAGAUGCCGCUGUGCCACGGCCGGUUCGACGUGUUGGUCUGCAGGAUUGCAACGGAUUGCAGUCCGUCAGUCUGAGUGGUGCCGAGCGUGAAGAUGCCGAGAGUUACUCAAGCGCCACUUGUCUGGAUGGUGCCGUUGGGCAAAAUGCUGUCACUGCUCCAAAGUCUCUACGGCAGCUCCAGCGUGCGCGCCGGUGCGCUCUCCGGUUCGUUUCGCGCAAGUUGGGCUUACAGACCUUUGCGGCCAUCUUGCACGGUCCGAUAUUGGGGGCUUGGUUGGCAGCUGGCAAGUGGGACCGCAAGCCGCCCAAAGAAGCGCUGCCUGUGUACUUUGGUGCUGUGCGCGAGCUACACGAAGCGGCUGUGGGGCCUGCUGUCGAGGACUCCCGGCUAAUGCAAUGCUUUCUAUUGAUGCUGUGGGGUGGGCUUCGGUUCUCUGUCGCCCAGCGUUUGGCGCUGAGCCAUUGA